AUGUCUGAUUAUCCCAGUCCCAGAAGUGAAGCUCCCCCGGGACCUGGAGCAACGGCUGCCUCAGGCCUCGCUUUUGCAACUGAGAACUUCGCGGAAUCAAUUGCUGCCGCCAGGAUGAAUAGCGAGCAGCAGCAACCUCCUGCUCCUAUCGGCUACAGCCUGGAAGGGCCACGCCCGCGCCUUUCUGUUCGACGCGCCCGCGAUCCACCCAAGAACACCGAGGGACAGAUUUAUUGCGACCACCCUGAUUGCGAAGCAAAUCCCCCCUUCUUCCGUCGUCCAUGUGAAUGGAAUAAACACAUGGACAAGCAUGACCGUCCCUACAAAUGUUACGAACCCGGCUGCGAUAAGAUCCAAGGCUUCACGUACUCCGGCGGUCUCCUCCGUCACCAACGCGAAGUCCAUAAGAAGAAUACAGACGCCAAGAAGCCUCUUAUGUGUCCCUACGCAGAUUGCAACCGCAGCGCCGGCAACGGAUUUACGCGACAGGAGAACCUUCGAGAACACUUGCGACGUCGCCACAUGCACAAUGACGAGGGGAAUCCCAACCUUAUGGUCGACAUGCCAUGGGACCGCGCUGGUGAGCUGGAUGGCAGGUCAAACUCCUUGCCAGCCACUGGUAUCAAGCGCAGACAUAGUCUUACUGACGGUGACCUGCCUGAAAGUGAUGACAAUGGCGCCGAUCUCCACAGUGAAGUCAAGCGACUGCGCCAGGAGGUACAGGAGAAGGAUCGCCGUCUAGAAGAAUUGGAACGCAUUGUUGCAGGACUUCAGGCGGUCAUUCCCCAAGCCCAGCCCGAACCCGAGGUUCAGCCUGCUGUCUCACCAUCUAUGCCGCCUCCCGCUCCCCAGGCUCCAAAACAACUCUCGUUUUAA